CAAUCACAUUCACUUUAGGGUAUUUUAUUUUUUCCGAAAGAUCCGACGUCGUUUUCAAACAUCCUUUUCUUCGCGUUUAGUCCUUUAGUGAAAAAAAAGUUCCUUGCUUCGUUGAGCUGAAGAAAGCAUCGGUAACAAGGCAGCUCCUGAAUCCCUAAAGCCUAAACCUUUCUCCCUCGCUGAGAGUACUCACUUUCACAAAGGCGAUGAGUAUCCCAAUGGAGCUGAUGUCCAUCAGAACCCCUAAUUCAACCUUCCUCCCCAGACCUCACUCUCGCCUCCUACCACACGCCACGCUUCCUUCUCUCCGUUCCCAACACCUCCCCACCCGACGCCUCUCCACUUCUCCAUCUCUCGUUUCUUGUACUGGAAGGCUGCGUCUCCGGUUUACCUCAGAUACCAAGCUUAAUCGCUCCUUCUUCGUCGCUUCCGCUGCUUCCCACGAGGAUUCGGAACCAUCAAGUGUUGAGGUGGAGAAGGAGAAGGAGAAGAGUGUAGUAGAUGGUGACGAUGUUGAUACAUCUCAGGAGGCGUGGAAGCAAACCCUCGCGUCUGUCAAGGAGCAGGUUUCGAAGAUUCAGAGCGUGUCCUCGGAGGCGUACAAUGUGAACUCGCAAAAGGCGAUGACUAUUUUGAAAGAUACUUCCGAGCAGCUUAGGAUUCAAGCGGAGAAGGCCAAGGAAGAGUUGGGUACUAAGGCUAAAGAGGUUGGGGAGGAAGGGAGAGAGUAUAUUUUGAAAGCAGCGGAGGAGUCACCUUCUGAUGUGAAGGAGAUUGUUGAAGCUUUCUCUUCCACUGAGGAUCUGAGGGAUGUGUCUCGGACUCAAGAUUUUCAUGUUGGGAUACCUUAUGGUCUGCUUCUGUUUGUGGGUGGUUUCCUUUCCUUUAUGAUAUCGGGGAGCAUUCCUGCCAUUAGGUUUGGGGUCAUUCUUGGUGGAGCUCUUUUUGCACUGAGCAUGGCUAGUCUUAAGGCUCAGAGGAUUGGAGAGUCAUCUGCUAAGUUCUUAAAAGGACAGAUGGCCAUAGUGGCAAUCAUAUUUUUGAGAGAGUUGAAGUUGGUACUAUUUCAGAGAUCUACGUUCAUGGGGUUUUUGACCACCCUUACUAGUGGCGGUGUGUUGGCGUUUUACGGGUACAAGUUGAUGAGCAACAAAGAAAAGGGACCAAACGAAAAACCAGCUGGAGAAGGAGAUGAAACAGGCGAAGGGUUUGUAAGAAGAGAAGGAUAGAGAAAUGGUAACAUGAGCAUCAUACUCUGUUUUAGUGAUAUCCGAAGUCUGUGUUCUCUCUUUUAAGUUGUGUACAACUUUUGUGAUCAAUCAUUUUCUAAACUUCUGUGUACUUAUCUGUAUUUGGAUUUUGUGGAGUCCUUUUACCACAUAUCAACAAACAAUAAACAGGUCAGAAUCA